AUGGCGGCAACGAGUGACGAAGAAAUGGAGUCACUGCUCUCAGCUUUCAAUCAAAUCCACGAGGAUGUAAAGAGUAGCAUUUCGGAAAUCCAGUCACUGCAAUCCAAACACAGUUCAGAGUUAAAAUUGCGAGAAUCUCUCCAAAUCACAUGCAAUAACCUCAAAAAAGAAAAUGAAGAGUUGGCAAAACUGUAUUCAGAAUCGUUGAAGAAUGUGGCUGAUCAGCUUGAUUUCCGAGCAAAAUGCAUGAAUUUGAAAGAAGAGCUUGAAAGAUCGAAGAAUGAAGUUAUUGCUAAAGAAGAUGGACAUAAGAGGGCUUUAAAAUUGCUUGAGCAAGAAUAUGAUGGAAAAAUUGCUAGUUUAGAAGCUCAAGUUAAGGAAUCACUGCAUGAGAAAGCAACAUAUGAAGCAACCAUAAGCCAACUCAAUGGAGAUAUAGCAGCCCACAAAAACCAUAUGCAAGUUCUAGCAAACCGGUUGGACCAAAUCCAUUUUGAAGUGGAAUCAAAAUAUAGUUCUGAAAUUCGGGAUUUGAAAGAUUGUCUUAUGGCUGAGCAGGAAGAGAAAAAUGACUUAAACAGAAAGAUGCAAAAUUUGGAAAAAGAACUGCUGCUUUUUAAAGCAAAGAUGGUUGAUCAACAACAAGAAAUGACAUCAAAUUGGCAGGUGGAAACACUUAAGCAGAAAAUCAUGAAAUUAAGAAAGGAGAACGAGGUCCUGAAAAGAAUGUUCACUCAUACUGAAGAGGGUAAGUAA